AUGGCUUCCCUGGCGGACGAGGCGCUGGACGGCUCCAUGUAUCCCGCGUGCGCCGCGUACCCGUACCCCUACCUCUACCCGCCGGCCGCGCGGGGCAAGGGCCUGGCGGGCGGGGGCGGCUGGCGGCCGCGCGCCGGGGACCCGCCUCCCGCCCCCUCCGCCCUGGCCGGGGCGCCGCCGCCCUUCCCGGGCUACGGGCAGCUGAUGGCCGCCGAGUACUUCGACAGCUUCCAGCGGGCGCAGCUCAUGGCGCUCCUGGCGCAGGUGGGCCCGGGCCCGGCGCCGCGGCCGCGCCGGGCGGGCAGCCGGGACGCGGCGGUGCAGGUGAACCCGCGCCGGGACGCGGCGGUGCAGUGCGCGCUCGGGCGGCGGACGCUGCCGCGCCGGCCCCGCGACGCCGGCGCCCCGGCCCCCGGCCCCGAGGCCUCCCCGCCGCCCGCGCGCCCGCGCGCCGAGCCCGCCAGCCCCCCGGGCGGCGGCCCGCGCCUCCCGCGCUUCCCGCGCUCCGUGGCCGUGUACUCGCCCGUGGUCUCCCGCCGCGUCACCACCACCUUCCUGGACGGCGCCGAGGCCGCCGCGCCGGCCGCAGAGCGGGGCCCGCCCCCGCCCAGGCCCCGCGGCGCCGAGCGGGGAGGGCGCGCGGCGGAGCGGCCGCGGGCCCCGGGGCCGGAGCGGGAGGAGCAGGAGGAGGAGGCGGAGCAGGUGCGCGCGAGCUGGGAGCCGUCGGCGGACGCGCGGGAGCCGCCGCCGGGCGAGGCCCGGGGAGGCGAGGCGGCCCCGCGGAGCGCGUCCGGGGGCUCCGAGCAGCCGCCGCCGGAGGGGGGCGCCCGGGACGGCGAGGGCGAGAGGUCGCCGCCGCGGAGCCCGGAGCCGGGCAAGGAGCGCCUGCGCUUCCAGUUCCUGGAGCAGAAAUACGGCUAUUAUCACUGCAAGGACUGCAACAUCCGAUGGGAGAGCGCCUACGUGUGGUGUGUGCAGGGCACCAACAAGGUGUACUUCAAGCAGUUCUGCAGGACUUGUCAGAAGUCUUACAACCCUUACCGAGUGGAGGCCAUCACCUGUCAGAGCUGUAAACAGACUAGAUGCUCCUGCUCAAUAAAACUUCGCCACAUUGACCCGAAACGGCCCCAUCGACAAGACUUGUGUGGCAGAUGCAAAGGCAAACGCCUGUCCUGCGACAGCACUUUCAGCUUCAAAUAUAUCAUUUAA